GCCGCAGCAGCCGAGGGCCCCGCCAGCCGCCCGGGCAUGAAGCGGCGGCGGGGCCGCUCCCGACCGCCUCCGCGGGGAGAAGAUGAAUAUCUGCAAUAAGCCUCCUAAUAAGACAGCUCCAGAGAACUUGGGAGAAGCUGUUCCUGAGGUGCAGGUCCAACAUGCUCGAAGGAAUGGCUGGAGUUGGCCUCUCCACAUUUUCCAGAUCCUUGCCUGGUUGCUCUACCUCUUCUUUGCCCUGGUUGGGUUUGGAAUCCUGGUUCCUCUCCUGCCCCUGCACUGGUUGCCUGCUGGUUAUAUCUGUCCUGGGGUCUGCUUUAUCUACCAUUUAAUUGUCCAUCUUACUGCAGUCUCCAUUGAUCCUGCGGAUGCAAACGUGAGAGAGAAAAACUACCUGGGGCCUCUGGCCACCUUCAGUCGUAGUCAACAUGCACAUGUCAUUGAAAACCAUCAUUGCCAUGUCUGUGAUGUCAAUGUGAGUGCCAAGUCAAAGCACUGUGGAACUUGCAACAAGUGCGUGUGUGGCUUUGAUCACCACUGCAAAUGGCUCAACAACUGUGUGGGGGAGAGGAAUUACUGGCUCUUUCUGAACAGUGUCCUCUCUGCCAUCCUGGGCCUGGCCCCUCUGCUGCUCGUCGCUUGCUACGUCCUGGUGCAGUUCUUCAUCGACCCCGCGGCGCUGCGCUCCGACCCGCGCUUCCACGCUCUGAAGAACCACACAGACUCCUGGUUCGUGUUUCUUCCUGCAGCUCCUGUUGAGACUCAGGCAUCUGCCAUUUUGGUGACAGCUGGGAUCUUCAUUCUUCUGAGCCUCAUGACUGUGAUCCUGCUUGGCCACCUCUUGACCUUUCACAUCUAUCUCAUGUGGAACAAGUUGACUACGUACGAGUACAUCCUGCAGCAGCGUCCCCAGCAAGAGGCCAAAGAGACAGACAAGCAGCAGGAAUCUUGUCCCUCCCAAGUCAGCCCCAAUCAGGAGGGAAACUUUUCCCCAGGUAACCCUGGUUAUACAGACCCUGGUGUUCAAGUAGAGGAAUUCUCAACAGUAGCUUCAGGAAAAGACUUUUCCAAGCUCUGUGUCCACAAUGAUGAGGCUGACCCUGAGCAGAGCUUCUCUCCAGACCCCCCACCUCUUCACUUUGUGGUCCCGUCUCAGCCACAGAAAAAAAGAAGAAAGAAGACACAUGGAGCCUCCUUCUCAGCAGGGGACAGCAGCUCUAGACCACAGGCCAGACCUUGGCCCCCUUUCCCAGCCCCCCAGUCAGCUGUAGAAGUCCCAGCCACGGCUGCUGCCACCUCCUCCUCCCACAGCCUCAUGGUUCCAGCUUUUCCUCACAGACCUGCUGUGCCCCCCAGCACCACGGGCCCCAUCCAAGCAGCAGGACCCCCAGGUGACUAUCACUCAGAGUCUGCUGAAUCCAUGGAUGAGAUUCCUGUGGCUCAGACUCGCCUGGGGAGCACAGCCCUUCCCAGGCCUCCUAAGAAGAACUCGAGCAACUCUCAACACCCUCCCUUGGCCACAACCAAUCCCAGAGGUGACAGGAAGAAGAAUUUGUAUUCUGGGCACAAAGUAAAAAGGAAAAGCUGCCAGCAAGACAGACGUGUGGAACGAGACCUGGAGCUUUUUACCAAGGUUCCUGCUGUGUUUGUAAGUCAGAGCAGUGGAGAACCUCAUGUCUCCCAGCCCACAUCUGAGCCACCCCACAGAAAAUGCACCAGCAAGCAGCAGGUGGGCAGAUAUGAUCCAUGCUUUGAGGACAUAAGGACAAACACCACAGUGGCCUAGUCAUCACCUUUCCAAAGCUACAGCCUCUGGGGACAAGGCAAGAGGUUCUCUUUGCUCUUCAAAGAUCUCCAUUCCUCUGGUUGCCUGGGGGCAGCAGCAUCCCUUCACCUGAUGCUGUCCAUCCUCCAGCAGAACUAGCUGAGAGGCAGCAAAACCCCUGCACUAUCACUGCUUUUGGCUGCUGCCUCUUCCUGAGCCAGGAUUGUCCCUGAGGUCCUCUCCUGCUCCAGGGGGAAUGGUCUCCAUGACAGGGAAGUGUCCAGGGCUGCCACUGGUCAAGGAUGUGGCCUUAGUGCUCCGUAGGGUGCUGAGGGACUCGUCCCCGUGCUGUGUGCUUGCUGGCAGACACCAGAGGGACAUUGCUCCUACCCAACCAAAGGCAAGAGGCAAUAAGGUGGCAAACCUGAGGUGGGCAUGUUGCUGGAGAGGAGCUGGGUGCUGGCUGAGGGUCUGGUUUGUCCCCUCUGCACGCCCAGCCACGCUCCGGGCCGGUGCCUGGGGAAGGAGGAGCAGCAUCUCAGCUCUUCCCUGCACCCUGAAAACUGCAUUUCCCAUCUGCCCACCCCCUGUCAGCCUUGGGAUCAUGCACAGGAGCUUCAGCAGGUUGCUCAGGGAGCAGCCUCAGGAUCACCCUGUCCCCAUAGCCCUUUCCACUGCGUGUCCUCAAGCCGAGUUCACCAGCGUGUGCUGUGCUGAGCAGUGUCCUCUCACCUGCUCCACCUUCCCAGCAGCCUGGGCUGCCUCCAGGAGCUCUGGGAUACAGCAGGUCCUGAAACCUUCUCCUUUCCUGGGCUGCCAGAUCCACGUGAGGCCACAGCCAAGCCUGGGGUCUCUGUAGUGCAGAAAAAUCCUGCAGCAGAGUGUGGGGCCAGUGCCUGGAGUCGUGGGACAUUCCCUGUGCUGGGACAUUCCCUGUGCUGGGACAUUCCCUGCCCUCUCUGCUUCCCAUUCCAAACUCCUGGCUGAGGCCAGGGCUGCCAGCAAGCCCAGCUCUGCCCAGCAACCAGCGAAUCUAGCCCAGGGUGGCCUGAUGGGCCUUGUCACUGGAGUGGCUCUACCUGCCACCACCCAUCACCUGCCACCCAGCCCCUUCCCUGAGCAGCUGCCUGGGACCUUUGCACCAUUCCUGGUCAGGUGUGGGGGGACACGAAGGUUGAGCAGGAAGCACAGGGAGUCUUUGUCACCCUGCCACGUGUUUUGGUGCAUGGAAACCACAAGCCACCCUUCCUCCAGUCUGGGGUCAGUGCAGGCUGGGGAGGGACAAGACAAGGCAGGGUGCUGUGGGAGCUGAGUUGAGCUGCUCCUCCCCUUGCCUGGCUUGGCCUGAGAGUGCUCAUCAGCAAUGGUGCAGAGCAGGACAGGAUCUGAGGACAAAAGCCCUCUGGGCACAGCCCACAUGGCCCAGGCAGGCUGGACUCCUAGCUUUGAUGUACACAAUUCCCAGCCUGACCUGUUCUCCCAGUGCUCCCACUGGCUCCUGCUCUGCUCUGAGGUCCACACAAAGUCCACUUCCCCUGCAGCUUUAGGUCCAGAUGGAUUUUCUUCUUGGAAACUCACUUCUGCAGAGAGAGGCAGGGAGGUGCCUGCUGGAUGCUGGAAGGCUCAGCCCAUUCCAGGAGCAUUCCUGAAUGCCAGCACCUGGCCUGGCUCCCCCAGGAAGCACCCCAGCACCCUCACCAUGCUGCCUGGUGCUCAUGCUGUGGCCAUUUCAAGACAUCUUUGCCUUCAAGGAGAAGGAGAAGAGCUGCAGCUGCUCCUGGAAACAGGAUCCGUGCAGAGCUGAAGCUGCAGUAGGGAAGUCCUCCUUUGCUGAAGGGUUUAUGGGGUAAGUGUGGCUCAUAGCCAGGACUAUCCAGGCUGAGCACAUCCUGGGACAAUCCUUGGGAAGCUUUUGGUGAGGCCGUUGUAGAUACAAUCCCUCACUCCAGGCUGUCUUACCCUCCUUCUCUGUUGGCUGAUUUUUGACUCCUGAAGGAGCUGGAAUGAGGAGCUUUGACUCUUCAUCAAAUUAGGUGAGCCAUGGAUCAGCACACGUGAGUUUCGUGGAGCUGUUGAAGACAUGAUCACAAUCUGGAGGUAGGGUUUGCCCUCCCACUCCUCACAGCUUCCCUGGCUCCUGCACAAGGUGCUGUGACCCUGUGGUGUGGGACCAACCCUGGUGGAGCAGCAGACGUGGCACUGCUUGUCUGCAGAGCCCAGGGCAUCUGCUCACUGGUGGAUCCCUGGUGGACAAAGUCCUUCCCAUGUUUCUCCUCACACCUGGUGUCCCCCAAGGGAACUAACCCUGCAGUAGAGCAGGGCUUUCAGAGACCAGCUGUCCCUCCACACAGCAGGCAUUGGUGGUUUCCCUGCAGCAGGUGCCCCUGAGCAGCCCUCGUGUGUUUUCUUACCCUUUCUCCCUGCAGAACCUGUCCAGAAAUCAUGUAAUGGAGCUCUUCAGCUCCACAAUAAAGUUUUCUAUGCUCUUUGCUAA